GCCAGUUGGAAGUGACAUGCAACUAGCGGGAUGAGUGGGCAAAUGUUCUAGUAGUUUAGCAACUCAAUUGCAGAAUCUAUAGACUAUAGACAUAGACUUUUGAGCUUGGAGGUGCUGCGAGAUCAGGUAUUUGGCUUAAGGAGGCGCGCCUUCGCUUCCUGCUUGAAUGUCUGUUAUGGCCACUUCUUCGCGGAAGACGGCCCUGGUGGGGCUUUUAUCACUGACAUCUGUAGCGGCCCUCCUCAUUCGACGAGUCUUGCGAGCUUGGAGGGCACGCGGCUUAGGUGGCACACCGUUUCAAGUGGUUCAGAGCGGCUCACGCCUCCUGGACCCACAGGUGUCGCCCUUGCUCCUCAAGGUGUCAAUUGGCCAUUGUGUGAGGAGUUGGAGCGACGACUAUUUGAGGAGAUACCUGGGAGGUCACAAAAUUCAGGUGCAUGUCUCUGACACGCCCUUUUUGAACUUUGCCAGCAAAAACUUUGCCUAUGAGGUGGCAGACUUUGAUUCAUUUCUCAGUCGACUGCAGGGAGAAAAUGGCAACAAGUUUCUUUAUUAUCGAUCACAGCAUUCGAAAAGGAACAAGGCGGCGACUUUAGAGGCGAUCGGUCUUGGAGGCGAUGUGGAUCAUGGCUUCUCACUGCCUGAUGAGUUGCUGCUGCCUUUCGAAACCCACUCGACCGUGCUGAGGAUAGCCAGCACUGGCUUGUCCAUGUGGUUGCACUAUGAUGUUUGCGACAACUUCCUGUGUUGCAUUCGAGGGCGAAAGAGGGUUAUUCUCUUCCAUCCAGAUGACAUUGGACUCCUGUACAUUUCCGGUUCCUCCUCGGCAAUGGGCAGCCGCCUUUUUGCGGAGGCCGAUCUGCCCCAGUUGUGGAAGGAGUUCCCAUUGGCCAAAGCAGCCUGGAAGCGACGGCAUGAAAUUGAAUUACAUGCUGGCGAUGUGCUUUUCCUUCCAGCCUUCUGGGCACAUUGUACACAGGCCUUGCCUCAUGAAUCUGACAAGGCGAGUAUCAGCGUCAACACAUUUGUUCUGCGUCGAGACACGAUGUCACUACAUGAUCCCAAAGAUGUUUGGGCAAACAGGGAGCUUUUGCCAGCACAGGAUGCAGUCAAGGCCUUCGAGGAAAAGAUUUUACCUUCCCUUGCAAAACUUCCUGCUACAGCCAGGUCUUUUUACUGCAGAAAAAUUGCCGCACAACUGCAAUUGGAAGCUGAGGCGGCAAGUGCAUCCGGCUGAGAUGUGUCCAACCUGAAAGCCACGAAUGCUCCAAGGA